UAAAAUGUCGCUUGUGCCGCCUGGUGGGGCGGACUCGCCGAGUCCCCGGCGGGCGGUCAGCCCCCUGCUCGAAAUGCGUCGGCCACACUGCACUCUUGCCUGCGACUACUGCGCAGCCAUUCUCGAAGAUAAAUUUAAACGUAGCGCGGAGAUGCGUAACCGCGGCACUUCACCGCUCUCAGCGUCACCACGCCAGUCCCUCACCGGGGAACCACCCUGGACCUUGCCGGAUGACGACCGUCCAGAUUUCUCCGCACUCAAAGAAAACAUACACAGAAUCAACAAGGACUGCGAAACAUCAACUCGGCUGGAUAUGCUUCUGACGCAAGUGGAACAGUACGCAAACAAUCUGGAGGCUUUGGUGGAGGAACGAACGUCAGACUAUCUUGAGGAGAAGAGGAAAUGCGAGGAACUGCUUUACCAGUUGUUACCGAAGUCAGUGGCAUCUCAGCUCAUAAUGGGCCAGCCAGUAAUGGCAGAGACGUACGACCAGGUGACGAUCUACUUCAGCGACAUUAUUGGAUUCACGCAACUGUCAGCAGAAUCCACGCCGUUGGAAGUCGUCGACCUUCUCAACGAUUUGUACACGAGUUUCGAUUCCAUUAUUGAGAACUUCGACGUUUAUAAGGUGGAGACCAUAGGCGACGCUUACAUGGUGGUAUCAGGGUUACCGAUGCGGAAUGGCAACCGUCAUGCAGCUGAAAUCGCACGGAUGUCUCUGGCGCUUCUCAACGCGGUUCGAGUGAAGACUGUGCCGCAUCGACCGGGGGAGCGGUUACUGCUUAGAAUUGGCAUGCAUACAGGUCCAUGCGUAGCAGGAGUAGUUGGCCUCAAGAUGCCACGUUACUGUCUCUUUGGAGACACAGUGAACACCGCUUCCCGAAUGGAGUCCCACGGCGAGGCACUAAAAAUUCAUGUCAGUCCUAAAACUAAAGAAGUACUAGAUCUUUACGACUGCUUCGAGCUCGACUGCAGAGGAGAGAUAACGAUGAAAGGCAAGGGCAAAAUGACAACGUAUUGGUUAUUAGGCGAGAAAGUUCCCCAACAUCAAGACAAUCCUAAUGAGGCAAUUGAAACACGAAAUAACGUUGUCAACAAUCCGAGCAUUACUUUCCAAGGACCUGACAGUCCCGCUUCGCAUUCACUAACACAAAGUCACAGCCCAGAUCAAAGCGAGAUCAAAGAAAACAACCAUAAACCCGUCGAAAUUAUGAACGAAAGGGAUCGCAUAAAACAUGAAAUAGCAACGUUUGUUGCAAAAGAUCUCAUUAAUAAUAUAGACAAUGCCGUGAAAGAAUUCAGAAAAUCACAAAGUGCUACGUUCACUUCUACAAUGACUAAUAAACCAAUUUGUAAUGGCAAUGAGAAAGGCCUUAUCACUCCUACAUAUGACAAAGAAUUAGUCAUCAGCAAAGGAAAAGUUAGGGAUGUCGUCAACAGAUUUAAUAGUUGUGUCAUUACUGAAGCAAAAGCCACAAAAAAUAAACCCUUAAAAACUGAAGACUGAGACGCUUAAUAGAACAAAACAUGUGUUUUUCCUGUCCGGUCUAAAGGUACUUAGAUUCUAUAUAAAUGUUUAUAGAUAUAUUGUGGCAAAAUGAAUUUAACUGAUAUCAGUGUUUUGUGCCAAGCACAUGAAUGUAGAUACCAGAACUAAAAAUUUAGUCAUUAUUGUAAAGAUUUAUUUAAAUAUAUAUUUAUGUGUUGAAAUAGUGUAGUUUAGUGUUGUGGGUGACUAAGAACCCUCCGAAUUUUAAUUAAGUAUAGAUAUUUAAAUGUCUUAGAGAUGAUACGUAUAAUUUAGAUUAAGAAUACAUUCGCCAACGCGAAUCUGAAAGAUGUAGUGAGAAUAUUAUGUGUGAAUAUGAAAAAUCUAUAUUGUAUUAUACACUUAGACCCCGUAGUAUUUUUACUGACCUUUUAUACUUCCGUAUCUUUCUAGUCCAUUGUAUACUCAAAUGUAAUGUAAGUCAUCUUUGUCGUCGGCUUAGAAUUAAGUGCUGACUCGUGGACUUGACGUAUCACGGACAUCACAUUACUACGCUUAAUAUCAUCGUUUAUUAAUUUCUAUAUUGAUACUCGUAGAAUAUAGAUGUUAUAUAAAUUUUCCCUAAGUUUAGAGCAUUGUAUUUCACUAUUCAUGCGUUAGUAGGGUUUCGGAGAAUUAACAUUAUCAAAGAGCCUCGUCCUGUUAUGUCUAGAGACAGAUUAUAAUUUUAGCGUACAAGGUUGUUUGUGUUAACGUAGCAAUUCAAGAGAUCUCUAUCUGGUGUAACCAAAUUAAGUGUUUAUUGUGAUACCGUUGUUUAAGUACAAUAUAUUUUAACAGAGCUGUGAAUUUUAUCUUGUUUAUAUUAAAUUGUUUCAAGUUCAUUUUAGUCUAAGCACAAUGUGUUGCUUAAUUGUUUUCGAAUAUGUCGUGAAUAAAAAUAUUAAUAUAAUUAA